AUGGUAAAAAAUUUGGAGGCGGAAAUGAUAGAUGCAGUAUACAGAUUUCAAGAUGUAAUAGAAUCUCAUGUCUUAAAUCAGUUCCACUCAACACAAUCCGAAGAAGCUGGGAGUGAUCAUCCACCAUUAACGGUAUACUCAUUAGAUGUGGAGGAAAUAAAGCAAGAUGUCGAUUCCUUUAUCGAAACGGUGAACAUUAUGAGGAUGGCCUACAUUCAUGAGUUACGCAACCCUUCUCCCGAAGAAGAUGAUGAUUUUGUCCCGACAAUAACUGAUUUUGGUGGAAAUGAGUCUAACAUGGUUGGAUUGUCCGAUCUAUUUAUGAGAUUCAGAGAUUGGCUUAUUUCCCCACACUCUGAAUUGAUAGUUAUGUCGCUCGAUGGGAUGGCUGGCAUUGGUAAGACUACUAUUGCCAAGAAACUAUUUCAAGAUCCGUUCAUUGUGAGUCAUUAUAGCAGGCUUGUGUUCGUGACAAUAGGCCCUAAAUAUCGUUUAGCGGACAUCUUGGUGGAUAUUCUCACACAAUUGAAUAAUGCUGACAUUGAUGAAAUAAUAUGGCUUACGAAAGGAGAAGAAUUAUUACAUGAGCUGAAAUGGAAGGUGUGCGAAAGUUUAAGUGAAGUGAGAUACUUGAUCGUGUUGGAUGAUGUAUGGUACACGGAUCUCUGUUAUGAGUUCGCCAACGUAUUUCCAGACGACAAAAAUGGAAGUGUAGCAUUGCUGACUACUAGGCUAACAGAAGUAAGUAAAUGUGUCCACCCUUUGAAUUCUCACAGACUACCCUUCCUUGAUAAGAAAGAAAGUUGGGAACUUCUUCGUCACAAGGUGUUUGAUGCAAUGCCUUGCCCUCGUGAACUCGAGAAAUCUGGAAAGAAGAUUGCGGAGAAUUGUGAAGGUCUUCCACUUACAAUAGUUACAGUUGCCCACAUCCUUUCCAAAACUGACAAGACUUCGGUGUACUGGAACCAGGUAGCUAAUGAGAAACAAAAUUCGGUUUACAAGGAUGCAUAUGAUCAAAUAUCCAAGCUAUGA